ACUCCACUGGUUGCCCCUUCCCCAUCCCAACUCGCCCCUUCGUCGCUGUCGUCCUCAAGAAAGAACGCAUCCACCAUCUCGCGACCGCGAGGCAAUCGAUGCAUCAACUCGAUAGGUGGGGGAUAAAUUUGCACCGGGUGGCCGUUGAACUAGUGGCGAUAAGUUGGCACCACUCCUGUUCAGGUCAAUCAAUCGCCUCCAGUCCACCCCAUCGUCCUCCAUGGUGCCAAAGGUUCCCUGUGGCAGCGAUACCAGAUCGCCGAGGAUUCCAUGUGGUGAACUUGUGGCUGCAUGGAAUGGCUUGGUGACCGCAAAUCGCCUCCGAGAGUUCCGGAUGGGGCUGUAUA